AUGGUGGAGGGGACGGACCGGACCGGAGGACCCGCCCGGGAUGGGGAGGUGGCCAAGGCCGGGACCGGGCCGGGUCCCGGUGGUGGUGGUGGCGGGCGGGGGCCAUGGCCAAGGCCUACGACCACCUCUUCAAACUGCUGCUGAUCGGGGACAGCGGCGUGGGCAAGACCUGCCUCAUCAUCCGCUUCGCCGAGGACAACUUCACCAGCACCUACAUCUCCACCAUCGGGAUCGACUUCAAAAUCCGGACGGUGGAUAUCGAUGGGAAGAAGAUCAAGCUGCAGGUUUGGGACACUGCGGGACAGGAACGCUUCAAAACCAUCACCACUGCGUAUUACCGUGGAGCUGUGGGCAUCAUCCUGGUGUACGACAUCACCGAUGAGAAAUCCUUCCAGAAUAUCCAAAACUGGAUGAAAAGCAUCAAAGAGAAUGCCUCGGCGGGGGUUGAGCGGCUCCUCCUGGGCAACAAAUGUGACAUGGAGGGGAGGAGGAAAGUGCAACGGGAGGAUGCAGAGAAGCUGGCCAAGGAGCAUGGGAUCCGUUUCUUCGAGACCAGCGCCAAAUCCAGCAUCAACGUGGAGGAGGCCUUCAGCUCGCUGGCCAGAGACAUCCUGCAGAAAUCCUCCCGCAAAGCCACCCCAAACACCAGCAAAGCCCUGCUGGAGCCCGGCCCCCCCCGGAAAAUCGGGGGGAAAUGCUCCUUGGGGUAACGUCUCCUUCUGGCUCUCUGUCCUCCUCCCCCACUCCUCGCAGCGCUGGCGCCUCUCCGAGGAGGGCUGGGGGGGGCUGGGGGGGUCUUCCGAGACGGAGGGGAUGGGGAGGGGGCGGCCCCCCCCCCCUCCGCUCCGGAUUUGUGCCAUAAAACCCGAUUUGUGCCUUG